AGCGGUAGAACUCAAGCUGAGAGGCUUUUCGGAUCGACAGGAAUCCUGGGAGAACCUGGAGGACAUCAAGAAAGUUUUCUGGUUUAACAAGACGGAGAUGGCAGAACAUGUCACAGAAUAUUGGAAGAGGGACGAAUUCUUCGGCUAUCAAUUCUUACACGGGUUGAACCCAAGCAUCAUCCAGUUAUGUACCCAGAUCCCGUCUAAUUUUCCCGUGACCCAAACAAUGGUCGCUGGAUUGUUGGGUGACUCCACCACCCUGCAGGAGGAGCUAAAUAAGCAAAGGAUCUUCCUGGUGGACUACAAGAUCUUGGAAGGCCUUUCUGCCGGACUGAAUAAUGGACGUCUUCAGCAUAUAGCAGCUCCAUUGUGUUUGCUACACUUGUCCUCUGAAGGACAUCUCAUGCCUCUGGCCAUCCAGCUCAGCCAGUCUUCCCCAUCCCCCAUCUUCCUGCCCAGCGAUCCAGAAUGGGACUGGAUCCUGGCCAAGACCUGGGUGCGCAAUUCGGACUUCCAUAUCCACCAGGGAAUCACCCACCUGCUCCGGACACACCUGCUGGCGGAAGUGUUCACCAUGGCAACUCUCCGCCAACUUCCGAUGUGCCAUCCUCUCUACAAG